CACGACAAAACUCUUCACCUAUCCACAAUUCCACAUCCCAUCCACAUUCUCUCUCUCUCUAAUAAGAACGCUCCACACUUUUCCAAUUCCCUCAUUUACCAUCUCUUUGUUAAUUAGAGAGGAGGAGAGAGUUCAAGAGAGAGAGAAAAAAAAAAAAAAAAACAGAGAGAAAAACAGAGAGAUAGAGAGAGAGACAGAGUAUGAGCAUGGCAAGAUCAUUAUCUUCCAUAACUCAACACCACCACCACCACCACCUCCAACUCCCUCGUCUCUCCACAAGCUCUCGCCUCCUCACUCUCCGAACCCAAUCCUCCAAACCCCUCCCACCUCCCAACCCCGCCGCCGCCGACUCACCGUCUUCCCCAGAUCCUCUGCUUCGCAAGCUCGAGGACGCAAUCCACCGCAUAAUCGUGCGCCGCUCCGCACCCGAUUGGCUCCCUUUCCUCCCGGGCUCCUCCUACUGGGUCCCGCCGCCUCCGCACGGCCUCAACCACUUGGUCCACCACUUCGCUAAGCAAAACGACGUGUCGUUUGCCUCUUCGUCUUCCUCUUCUGUCCUCGGUGGCCCCACCGCCAUUUCCACCGCCGCUUCCCAACGUGGCUGGCCUUCUUCCUCUUACUUCAUCAAUGGUGCAUCACCACAUCCAGUGGAAGGAGAGUCAAUAAUUAUUAUUAAUGGAUCUCAACCUGAGGAUGAGGAUUGAUGUAACAGUUUUUUCUACUGGCAUCUAGGGCUCAUCCAGACAUGUAUAUUGUAUGUAGAAAGAAGGAUAAAAGAACCUUUUAAUCAAUGGGGAGGAGCUGUACAGAUGCAACCAGUUAAGUAAGGAGCAAAUAAUUCCAUUCCAAAUUUUCAGUAGCUUAAGUUUCUGAUUGUAUAACUUGUGUGUUAUAAAGUCAAUAAAUUGUCUAGAAAAGAAAAAAAAAAAAAAUCGAAUAAAUUGUAUGCACUUGUAUGUUAUGUGUAUCCACCCUACUAUGUUAGUUAUCUUUUUCUCAAAUUUUUUUAUCCUGCUUUUCUUUGGGUGUACAUGUAUAUAUGACAGUUACACAUUGGCAAUUUUUUUU